AUGCACCUCCCCACCCCUUCCCUCCUCCUCGCCCUCGCCCUCACCAGCACAAACACCAUCCAAGCCGCUCCAGCUCCACCCCACGCCAAUCUCGCCCUCUCACCCCGCCAAAUAAUCCCCUUCAACAUCGCCCUCAUGAGCGACAACUUCUGCCAAACGCGCUUCAGCACCUCCUUUCCCACGACAAGCAGCGGGUGCCAGGUUCUAGCGCAGCCCGCGGUCGGGGCAUUUGCUACUAGUGUGUUGCCAGAGGGGUGUGAGGUCCUCGUCUACCCGAACCCGACGUGCACGGGUACAAACGUCAUUACCGUUCCACGCGAUUCGUCGUGUUUUAGCUUUGGCAAUAAAUUGAAGAUUACGGCGCUUAGGGUCAGUGGGACGUGUCCUGGGUUUCAGUCCUAG